AUGGCCACGGAAUUAAGAACAAAUGUAGAAUCAGAAAGAGAGGAACAACCAACUACACUUGCUGAUGUCAAUCAGCCUCUAUUAAUACGAGGAACUAGUAAUACUCUAACAGUUGAUAAUGAAAAUAAUCUACCUUCUUCUAGUCAUGGUCCAGUAAUCCGAUGGGCUGAAGGUACAGUAGAUAAUGAAUUUAUGGGUAAAAAAAAGUCGAAUUGUUGUUGCAUUUAUGAAAAACCAAGAAAAUGGAAUGAAUCAUCUAGUUCAUCAUCAGAUUAUUCUGAUCAUUCUUCUGAUGAUAACGAUGAUAUAAAUAAACAAAGCACACAUAAAAAUACACAUUGUACAGAACAUUGUCGAGGACAUACAAAACGAUGCUUUCGAAAGAAGAAAAACAAUAAAGAUACAAAUCCUGAAAAUUUUGAAAAACCAAAUUCAUCUGACUUCAAUCCAAAUGGUUUAUGUUCAUAA